AUGAGACCCUGUCGACGGGUGCAAGAAGAGACCCGCAGCACUUACUUCAGCGACUGGACUAUGAGUGGCCGGGUUGGGCUAGGCUGGUCUUUCCCAUCGAACCUCUGCCGCUUCGGCAGCCACUCCCACAAUCACACCCCACCUCCCAUCUACGUCUCUACUGGCCAUGCUGCCUUGGGACGAAAAAGUCUAAGGGGCCCAGUGGGCCUUUAUCCAUUAGCCGGGCCAGGCCUGGUCGGGUCGGUAGUGAGGACGAAGGGAGGAGAAAAAAUGGUGGGAGAAAAGCCGACGAGGUGA